UGUUAGUCCUGUUUUUUGUUACAGCAAAGCAAGUUUUUCUCUAGGUUGUAUGGAAGUGGUUUCAGCUAAAAUUAAAACUAAUUUAAUUCAGCUAAUCACUAACUAUCCAGGACCAAAACAUCUUUUCAUAGGAAUUUGUAAACUCUAGGAAUAUGAAGUUAAAAAGAAAAAAAAAAUCCUUAGAAUUGACAAGUAGAGUAAUAUGUGGCCCCAAAAUGUUAUAAUUAAUGGGCUGCUGAUAGAUUCAAAGAUUAUUUUAAAUAAAACAGCAGAGUGUUUUUUCUAAACUGGAAAUCAAUAGGAAAGUUUUAAAAACAAAAAAUUCCCCAAUACCUUUUUCAAAACAAAUACUGUUUUCCAGUGUUUGUAACCCAAGUGUUGCAGUCUUGUAAUUGUGUAUGAAACUUGAAAAUGGCACUGGCUAGAAAUUUAAAAACCAUAAAAUGUAAGUAACUAGGCUAUGUUAAUUAUCCAUACUGAGAAAAAUGUAAGUAAUAAACAAUGGUAUAAAUAAUACAUUAUAUUUUGAGCCAGAAUUAAUAUUGAUACGCACAAUUGCAUCUUCAGUUUAGUGUGCAGAAUUACCAUGGUUGCAUGUGAAAUACAAAACUUACAGAUGCAGUUAGUUUGCAGGCAAAUUAAAUAUGCCCAUACUUAACUUUUUUAAAAUCAGGCCAUCACAAUUAUGUGUAUUAGUGACAUAAAGGAACAUUAUCAUGUUGAGUAACUUAAUAUCUGAAUUUUUAAAUUAAAAAAGAUUAUCAGUUUGUUCUGUUUAACUAGAUGUGUGUGCAUUGGUGACCUUUUGACACUUAAGCAUUUUCUUAAGAUCUACAUAUGUGGCUGAAGAAGCAUGAAAUAUGUCAAAAUCACCAGUAAAUCUUCAUCAGUUGCACACUUCAUUUUAAAUUAGGCAUAAAUAGAGAAUGCAGUUAGCCAAUACAAAGAUUGAUUUGACAUCCAUGUAAAAAGUAAUAGAAAACUUGGUAGAUCCAAUUCGUGUCCAAAAACAUAGUCCAAAAACAUAGCCUUUUUUUCUAGUUUCAGUUUUGGCACUAGAUUUUAUCCUGGAGUUUUAAAAUAUUCUUCAUCCUGUUCUUUUUCUAUUAAGGUUAAUGUUGAAGAAGGAAAAUGCGGAAGUCGUCAUUUGACAAGUUUUAUAAAUGAGAAUUAUUUGAAGCUCAGGAAUAAGUGAAGCUGAAAUUUGAAAAAAAAGAAAGUGAAUGAAUGCAUGCUAAUUAUCAGACCAGAAGUCCCACUUAUAGAAUAUUGAGCAAUUUGUGUGAAGUGGGGAAGAUGAAAGAAGUCAGAAUUUGAAACGGAAGAAUGAAGAAAAGGAAUAAAAAUGAAGUUAAGAUAAGAAGUAAUCUGGAAUCUGAAAGCACUACGCUAAGAAUCCCGUUCUGCUUCCAGAAGCGGAAGUGCUCAUGGGUCUGGCAAGUCUGCAAGGCACACUCCGGCAAGAUCUCGAUCCAAGGAGGACUCAAGGCGAUCCAGGUCAAAAUCUAGAUCCAGGUCUGAAUCUAGAUCUAGAUCAAGAAGGAGUUCUCGUAGACACUAUACGAGAUCACGCUCUCGUUCCCGCUCCCAUAGGAGGUCCCGGAGCAGGUCUUACAGUCGGGAUUACCGGCGACGACACAGUCACAGCCAUUCCCCUAUGUCUACUCGCAGACGUCAUGUUGGAAACAGGGCAAAUCCUGACCCAAACUGUUGUCUCGGUGUGUUUGGGCUGAGUCUGUACACCACAGAGAGGGACCUGAGAGAAGUGUUCUCCAAGUAUGGCCCAAUUGCUGAUGUUUCCAUUGUGUAUGACCAGCAGUCGCGGCGUUCGAGAGGAUUUGCAUUUGUGUAUUUUGAAAAUGUUGAUGAUGCGAAGGAGGCUAAAGAGCGUGCCAAUGGAAUGGAACUUGAUGGGAGAAGAAUCCGAGUAGAUUUCUCCAUAACAAAGAGGCCUCACACCCCUACACCUGGAAUCUACAUGGGGAGACCAACUUAUGGCAGCUCCCGGCGAAGAGAUUACUAUGACAGAGGCUAUGACCGAGGGUAUGAUGACCGUGACUAUUACAGCAGAUCUUACAGAGGAGGUGGCGGCGGUGGCGGCGGCGGCGGAGGAUGGAGAGCUGCCCAAGAUAGGGAUCAGAUCUACAGGAGAAGAUCACCAUCCCCAUACUACAGCCGAGGAGGUUACAGAUCUCGCUCCAGAUCUCGAUCCUAUUCACCUCGUCGCUAUUGAAACAUGAAGUUGAGAGGAAUUUCUGGCUACAGCCCUGGAGCUGGGAUCGCAGAUAUGUGGACAAUAUUUUUAUUGUCUAUUCUGUUUAAAAAGUGAGCAGUGCCUAGUGACUAGGUGACUUUUACACCUUUUAUGAAGACUACUUUUUGGUGAAGUUAAUGCUGUUUCAUUCCGCAUAUCUGUGUAGUUCGGUGCUUUGUUCAGAGUUGUGUUUUUGAAGAGUAUGUUUUGCAUGAUUUUUUUAGUCAAAAUUUUGACUGCUGAAAGGUUUCUAUUAUACAAUACUGUUCAUUUAAAGUUUUUUCUACUGAUUCCAAGGUAUUCUGAAGAUCAAAACCUGUGUAAACCGCUUUGAAAUGGUAAAAAAAAAAAAUAAACAGUUUGAUUUUUACUUCCCAAAUA